ACCCCAAUCUCGCCCACAGGUGCCUUCCUGAUCCCGUACCUGAUCAUGAUGGUGCUGGAGGGGGCGCCGCUCUUCCUGCUGGAGCUGGGCAUCGGGCAGCGGCUACGUCAGGGGUCCCUCGGGGUGUGGACCCACAUCUCCCCCUGGUGGACUGGCCUGGGUGUCGCCUCCACCAUCGUGUCAUACCUCGUGGGGCUCUACUAUAAUGUUAUCAUUGCAUGGUGCUUCUACUACCUGUUUAACUCGUUUAAGAAUCCGCUCCCCUUCGGAACGUGUCCCAACGAGACGAACGUGGAACUCAAUUUAACGCUCCCUGUCGAAGAAUGCGAAAUGUCGAGCGAAACUGCCUACUUCUGGUACAGACAGACGAUCGACGCAUCUCCUUCUAUCGACGAAACGGGCGGCAUAAAGUGGUGGAUGGCUCUCUGCCUCACCCUGUCGUGGAUCUUGGUCUGGGUGUGCAUCAUGAAGGGAAUCCAGUCUUCGGGCAAGGUCGUUUAUUUCACCGCGCUCUUCCCUUACUGCAUUCUCAUCAUUUUCUUCGGCCGCGCUGUGACGCUGAAGGGAGCAGGAGAAGGCCUCAAGCACAUGUUCACACCAGACAUGAGUAAAUUAUUAAACCCGACGGUGUGGAUGGACGCUGCGUGCCAAGUCUUUUACUCCCUCGGCCUGGCUUUCGGGUCGCUUAUUGCCUUCGCCUCCUACAACCCCAUGAAAAACAACUGCAAGAGAGACGCCCUUUUCAUGUGCUCUAUCACGGUGUUCACGGCGACCUUUGCCACCAUCGAUAUCUUCGCUGUCCUCGGGUUCAAGGCGGUGGCCAACUACGAGAAGUGUAUUGAGUACAACAUCAUGAAGCUGGAGAGCAUUGCCCAGCAUCUACCAGAACACACUCAGAAGAUCAACGUAACGAUUGAGAACUACGAGGAAACGUGGAAAACUGUUCUUGGUUCGAUUCAAGAUUUUUAUGAACAGAAAACGCAUCAUCAUAUCAAGAACUGCAGUGUUGCUGACGAACUUAAUCAGGCUGCCGAGGGAACUGGUCUUGCAUUUAUUGUCUUUACACAAGCCAUUGUGGAAUUGCCCGGAAGCAACUUCUGGUCUGUCUGCUUCUUCAUGAUGUUGCUGGCACUGGGUCUUGGCUCGCAGUUUGGCACCAUGGAGGGCGUCAUCACCAAUUUGUUUGACAUGAAAGUGUUUGCAAGAAUACGGAAAGAAAUUGUUACAGGAUGUGUGUGCUUAUCAGCUCUUUUGAUUGGUUUGAUCUUCUGCACGGGAGCUGGAGAAUACUGGGUUGGCAUGUUUGACACCUUCGCUGGCUCGAUGGGUCUUAUUGUGAUUGCCUUCUUCGAAACAAUUGUCAUAUCAUAUGUGUAUGGCCACAAAAAAUUCUCUGAUGAUAUUGAGAAAAUGAUUGGUGAACGGCCAGGCAUCUACUGGCAAGCUAUGUGGCGUUUCAUAUCCCCACUCACCAUCUUCUCCAUUGUCGUGGCAUCUGUCUACUACAGAGUCACUCAUCCUCCAGAUUACCCGGCUUGGAAGGCGGAGAUGGGUAAUGCAGUUAAGGAAGCAUACCCAGGCUGGGCCAUGUUUGUAUGCCUCAUGCUGCUGAUGGGUGGAUUCUUGCCUAUCCCUAUCGUGUACUUUAUGCGUCGCUUCCAAUGCACACGAUUUGACCAUGACAUCCAGACAGCUUCCAUCAAAAGAGUCGAGACUACAAUGUCGACGCAGGGCAUGAUCAAGAGCGAGGAGCCAAUGCCACGAAGUGACACUUCAGAUAGCGAGUGGACAAGACUCUUCAUUGAUAGGGUAGACUCUUCGGACAACCUUGAUGACAAUCUCUAAACAGAGAGGUUGAGCUUGAAGAAUAUCAUGACUCCCCUGCUGGCGAAGAUGAUGACGACGAUGGUGGUCUCACAGUGCAAGGCGGGAAGUUCCGAAUGGAGGUCAUAGAUUAAUGCUCUAGUUUAGUAGAAUGUGAUGGUUUAUUUUGCAUAUAUGCUCCAAGCAUAAUUUUACCUAUGAAGGAACUACAACAGCAUGCAGUGUUAGUAUUAAAAUAAGAAUACAAAGAAAAUGAAAGAAAAAAAUAGGAAAAAAGUAAAGAAAAAAAAGAAUGGAGGAUUCUGUUGACUAAUUCUGCUUUAUAGAAAGCAAAUAUGCCAAGCUUUGAAUGAUGUGUGCCAAAUGAAACUGGUUUAACAGUUCUGUGUACAGUUUUAGGGGUCUCCGUCUAGCAAUUUCCCAGUCACUGCAUGUAUCAUUUUCAGUCUGCAGUAUUUCUCACCUAUUUAGUGAUAAUAAUUUUAGUUACCAUUUACAGUUUUGAGGU